AUGAAACACAACAUUCAUACUGAUAAUAAUAAUAAUAAUAAUAAUAAUAAUAAUAAUAAUAAUAAUAAUAAUAAUAAUAAUAAUAAUAAUAAUGAUAUAAACAAACAUCAAAUUAUAGAAAGGGAUUCAAUCAUUUCAUUAACUUAUUCUACAAAUACAACAUUACUAUACUAUGGUAAUUUGAAUAACUGUGACAAUGAAAAUGAUUGCAGUCUGUUGUGA